AUGGCGACGUCGGGCUCCACGCGCAAGCGGCUGCUCAAAGAGGACAUGACCAAAGUAGAGUUCGAGACCAGCGAGGAGGUGGACGUGACCCCCACGUUCGACACCAUGGGCCUGCGGGAGGACCUACUGCGCGGCGGCAUCUAUGCCUACGGUUUUGAGAAGCCUUCAGCAAUUCAGCAGCGCGCUAUCAAGCAGAUCAUUAAGGGGAGCAAUGUGAUAGCACAGUCUCAGUCUGGCACCUGCAAGACGGCCACCUUCAGCAUUUCAGUCCUUCAGUGCUUGGAUAUCCAGGUUCGAGAAACCCAGGCUUUGAUCUUGGCUCCAACAAGAGAGUUAGCUGUACAGAUUCAGAAGGGUUUGCUGGCUCUGGGGGACUACAUGAAUUGUCAAAAUGGCCUCUGUAACUCUGCCUUUCUUUUCCCUUCUCCCCAGCACAUAGCAGGUGUUUGCAUACACCCCCGAUUUGGGGGCUGGUUUGCUAUACAAGGGGUAAUGUUGCUGCCACGGAUUGAAGUGCCAAAUUUGCCACCCAGAAAGUCCACUGAUUGUGUGCCUACAAGAGCUGGCCGCAUAACUUUCCUUGAAGGCUUCAAUUUCCAUUGGCGUGACUGGACGUACCGGGACGCCGUGACUCCUGCAGAACGGUACUCAGAGGAACAGAAGAUCUACUUUUCCACCCCACCUGCCCAACGUUUGGCCCUAUUAGGCUUAGCCCAGCCCUCAGAACGUCCUAGCACUACAUCUGAGCAUCCCAGUUCCACACUUACCAAGCCUCAGAAUUUCAGCAGAGCACGAAGUUGGCUUAGCCCCAGUGUCUCACCACCUCUCUCCCCAGGCCCUUGAUACCUUUCCCCCGUGGGCUCCCACUUUGGUAGAUUUAUUUUGGGUAUAAUUUGGGUUUUGAAAAAGCACCUUUUUUUUAAGUUUUCAAAACAAGGUUUCUGUGUGACUAUGGCUGUCCUGGAACUCACUCUGUAGACCAGGCUAGCCUCCAACUCAGAGAUCUGCCUGCUUCUGCCUCCAGAGUGGUGGGAUUAAAGAUGUGUGAAAGAAGCACAUUUAUUUUGACUCUUUCCUGAAGCUCAUCAGAGAGAGUCAAGACUCAAUUUACACUGAUCAAGACAAACACAUUCAAGACAGACUCAAAAUCAGCAGCUGCCUUCAAAUAUUGGACUCAUAACUUGUAUUUUUGUGUAGUACAACAAGAUACUAUUUAGAGGUGUGGUUCUCAAUCUUCCUAAUGCAGUUCCUCAUGUUGUGGUAACCCCCAACAAUAAAAUCACAUUCAUUGUUAUUGAAAUAACUGA